GUGUGUUAUAAUAUCGAAAGAAGAGGAAAGUGUGUUAUAAUAUCUUAGGUCAAUCGAAAAUGGAUAAACCAAGUUGUUCAUCACAUAAGUAUGCAGUUGUACAAUUUGACGAUUUAGACUUUUCGGUGGUUCCCGUAAUUUGGUUGGAUGAACCACAUCAUUGUUAUUGGCCUACAGGAAUGAAAAACAUUAGAACCGCAAUUGUGAAAGAAAUGUCCGUUAAAGACAAUUUUAUGAAAUAUAAAUGUCAGAUCUUUAGUAAACAUGAUACUUAUGAAUCAGCCUUAGAGGCAGAGAAACAGAUUGUAGCUACAUCGGAAUCUGAGGAGGCUGAAUCAAGAAUGGGGAAAAGAAAAAUAAAAAAUAAUAAAUAUGACGACUAUGUCAGUUUUCCUAAUCCUCCGAGAUUGUUAUCAUCCAAGGAAUCACAUAAAUCAGUUUCAACACACACGAAUAAGGACAAUGAAAAUUCUAAAUUAAAUAAUUCACAAGAUAUUAAUGAUAUAUCUUAA